AUGGUGAACAUCGGCGACUGUUCGCCGGUGCAUGCACCCGUGCCGGCACACCCGGACCCCUCGUCGAUCUCCCCGGACACCUGGCGGCGCUUCGAGAGCGUCACCCGCCGUGUGAUGCACAAGAUCCAGCCCACCGUCUCCUCAGACCAACUCCGCGCCGCCGUCAUCGACUAUGUCCAGCGCCUCUUCAGGUCUCACACCGGGUAUCAGGUCUCUCCAUUUGGAUCUGUUCCUUUGAAAACAUAUCUUCCUAAUGGAGAUAUUGACUUGACGUUAGUUGGCCCUGAGAUUUAUGAUGAGAAUCUAGAAAACGAAGUGUGUGCUAUUCUAAAAUCAGAAGAGCAAAGGGAAGAUUCUGAAUUUGAAGUCAAGGGUGUCCAGUAUGUCCCAGCUGAGGUAAAGGUGGUGAAAUGCCUCGUGCAGAAUAUUGCAGUGGACAUCUCAGUUAAUCAGAUUGGUGGGCUCCUUACAUUUGAAUUUCUUGAGAAGGUUGAUCAAAAAAUUGGAAAAGAUUGCCUGUUUAGGAGAAGCAUAAUGCUUAUCAAAGACUGGUGCUAUUAUGAAAGCCGCAUUCUUGGUGCUCACCGUGGUUUGAUUUCUACCUAUGCCUUGGAGACACUAGUCCUAUACAUUUUCCAUAUCUUCCACAAAUCUCUAGAUGGUCCAUUAGCUGUUCUCUAUAGGUUUCUUGACUAUUAUAGCAAAUUUGAUUGGGAUAAUAAGGGGAUCAGUUUAUUUGGUCCUGUUUCCUUAUCUUUGCUACCUGAGCUAGUUAUUGAGCCACCAGAUAUUCAUGAUGAUGGUUUUGUUCCUUGGGAGGAGUUCCUCAAAAAACACGUAGAGGAUUAUACUGUUCUGCCUAGAAACCCGAAGGAUAAUCCACAAGUAUUCUCUCGAAAAUUUCUAAAUAUUAUUGACCCACUGAAGCAGAGUAACAAUCUUGGACGCAGUGUCAAUAAAAAAAACUUUUACCGGAUACGCAAAGAAUUUGAUGUUGGUUCUCACAAACUUGGCAAGAUUCUUCAAGCGCCAACUUGUUUUGCUGACAGUGGAAUCAAUCAGUUUUUCGCAAACACAUUAAAUACGGAUCAUGCUGGGUUAAGGCGAGAUGCUUAAGUGAGAUCUUCUGAUGAUGUUCGAAUGACUCUCUAAUCAGUUCUGUUACAUAAACAUUUCAGAUACCUAAAAUCAUGGCACAAUAAUGCAAAGAGAAUGCAACUCUAUGGCUGAGCACAAUAAGAUAAAAAUCUGCAUUUUGGGGACUGCUAGAUAGUCAUGCCACGAGUCAUGAACUACUGAUUCAGUAAGUAUGAGGAAGGGUGGCGAUUUCUCUUGUUUCAUCAACACCAAGUGGAACAUGUACUUUGCAAUCUGGGGGAGAUUAUUAUGCCCACAUCUCUUCUACUUUUUUUUGGAGUGUGAAAGGGCAGGUGCACUGCCAUUGCAUUAUAGUAAGAGGAGGCUACAACAUUACACUAUUAUAUUUAUAGAAACUGUAAAAUAAAAGAGUGUGUGUAAAGCAACCGGCAGAGAUUGAACAUGACAACCGCUAGCCAUCCCGAACAGACACUAGCGGUUCAUGGCAAGUUGGUGAUGCUCCCAUUCAUAUAGGAAGCUUCCUUGUU